AUGCUAGCCGUCCUUACCCAGGCAGUGACGGCCCUUACAAUAGCAAGCACCAAGAAGGAAGCGUCAACUCCACCUCCAGCACCAGCGGUAGCACCAGGAUGGAAGCCACCUCUAAAGAAAUUCAGCGGAGCAGAGCACGAGUCCCCGGAGGAAUUUGCAAACCAGGCCACGGAGUACCUCCUGGAUAUGUCAAUCCAGGAGAAGCAUUGGACGGCAUAUCUCCUUCAACAUGGUCUCGAAGGAGAUGCAGCAAUAUGGGCCACUACCCACGCCGAUCCAAAGACAGAUCACCACACCUUCUUCAAGCGGCUUAUCGAACACUUCAGUCACUCCAGCCGCUAUUCAAAGCUGCUAGCGAAGUUAUACGGACAUAAACAAAGAUCCGAGCCAGCAGCAGAAUUCAUUUCAUACAAGAUGGCCCUAUUCAACAGGGUCUCGCCAUCCACCAUCGACGAGGAUCGAUGUACCAUCAUCACUGACCAAUUGAAGCCAGAAUUAAGAAAAUUCCUGAGGGUCAACCCACCCAGGACGAUCGAGGACCUACGUCGAACAGUGGACGAGUUGGAGAUCGACAUAAAGGCUUCCACCCCGGCUAGUGCACAGCAAAAGCACGAAAAACAGCCAUCUACAAGUGGAAACCGAGGUCCAGGACCGCAACAGCCGCAAGAUCGCCAACUCCAGCCACCACCACGACACAAUAGGCCUCAACAAUCAGAGACCCUCCAGGACUGGCGUUCAAGAGGCAACAAUAACCGCAAUCACGGCGGUAACUACAACCAGAGUCGCAAUCAAGGCGGCAAUCACACAAACAACCAAUCCAAUCGUCACCAGAGUGGCCAUGCAGUCCCCGAAGCAACAGCCCAACAGCCUGCGACGUCAGGCAAUGCGGCCAUUCAGGACCUCUACAACUCCCUGGCUAUCCUCACACAAGCGGUUACGGCACUAACCCUCCAUUCCACGAAGGCGGAAGUCCCUGCAGCUCCACCAACCCCACCAGCACCGGCUCCGAGAUGGAAGCCAACUCUAAAGAAGUUUACCGGUGCAGAACACGAGAGCCCUGAAGAAUUCGCCGACUUAGCCACGGACCACCUGAGGAACAUGAACAUAGAAACCAAGUACUGGACGGCCUACCUGCUCGAACACGGUCUAGAGGGAGAAGCUGCAACAUGGGCCACAACUCAUGCGGACCCUAAACUAGAAUACCACACAUUCUUUGGACGACUGAUCGACCAUUUCAGCCAUCCUAGUCGCUUCUCCCGCCUCCUGGCCAAGCUAUACGGCCACAAACAACGAGCAGAGCCCGCAGCAGAGUUCAUCUCCAAGAAGAUGGCCUUAUUCAACAGAGUUUCCCCCUCCACCAGGGAUGAAGAUCGUUACACCAUAAUUAUGGACCAACUACGUCCCGAAAUCAGACAAUUUCUAAGGUCCAAUCCACCAAAAACGGAAGAAGACCUACGUCGUACAGUGGACGAAAUUGAAAUAGACAUCGAGGCUUCCACACCGACCAGUGCGAAGAAGCACGAGAAGCAGGGAUAUUUUCCUUGA